GCUGUGUUGGCCUGCUAGACACCAAGGAACCAAUUAGCUAAGGAGCCUUCCACUUUGAGGAAGUUUAACAAAGGAUGAUAUUGUGAAAACGUACAGCCCGCCUUUUUGGUUCUCACCUUUGCGAAACUGAGGACAUCCCUUCUGCAACAGGAUUAAAAUGUGUUUGUGGCUUGCUGAUUCAUCUUUUAUCUUUCUCUUCAGGAUCGUAGGGUAAAGCGCAGCAUAGUGUGCUCUCAGAAGCUCUUUUUGCGCUGAGGUAGGAGAAGGAAGGACAGAAAGUCCUAAACAGAGGUGUACUGGAAAGGUACACUUUUUUACACUUGGGAAGUGCAACAUUAGUGUUUCUUUGUAACACUUUUCCUUUCCUAAUCUUUUUAUACACCUCACUUUUGGGCAUGAGAUGGACUUCCUGAGAUCCUGUCUGAGACGUGAUAUAUCCUCGGGUAGGUGAUUCUCACAGGCUGGACGACACAGUGAGGAUGAAUACUAUCUUUAGCUGAAUAUAUAUGUUUAGAAGGACCAUUUGGGUUAUCAUUUUAAAGUAAAAGACACUGGACCGAUAAUGAAACGACGACGCAAGUACUGGUUUUGGAGCCGGAAAGGUAAAAAGUCAAAGAUGUGUCUGCUCUGCUGCUAUGAGAGGAAGGGCAAAGCUACCUGUUUCCAGUCGGAGAACACUGAAGAGCAGACCUGUGUGGCGGUGAAGAUCGAACAGUCCAUAGCUCUAGGCAGCAGCCCAGCAUCAGAACGCAGCGAAGCGCCGAGUGUGCAGGCGUGUCUGAAUCGGGUGACUGCAAGGACGACCGACAAGAGCCGGGGAGGGGUCAAUGGAAGAGUCCCUGGCGGCAGGCCUCGGCUGCAGUCUAAACCACCAGUGCCUCCAAAGCCACUGCACCUCCAAAGCCCAGUGACAGAUAUCCCAUCCCCAUUGGGCCACAUCCAGAAACCCCCACUUAUAAGCAGCAUGGAGGACGGAAGUGGAGGAGGAAAAACGGGGGCUGUCAGCCGGGAGAGACCCAGAGAGAAACCCUCCAAAGUCUUAGACCUGAUCAACCGCUUUGAGGAGAACAGCAACACAGAAAACAAGAGAGACAGCUCACCGCUCAAACACAUCAACAAGUCUGCCAACUGCAGUCCAGCUCACCGUGCAUAUCCAAAGACGGAGACCAGCAGGAACACCUCUGCGGCGGCCACGACACAAGAUGCCAACAGGCAAGCAGCGAACGGGGUGCUAGUGCAGAUGGACAAGGACAACGAGAAGGAGAAGGAGGAUACAGAGGAGAAUCAUGAAAGUGUGAGGAUAGAGACUGCUGAGCUUGUAAAUGGAGAUAUGGGGAGCUCGGAACAGAGCGAUGAUCAUUCGCCUUCACACGCGGACAGGACUCGUACAGAGACUGAGAAUGAGGAGACUGAGGCUAAAACAGAAGGCGAGCACAAGAAUGAAGAAGGGAGCACAGACCACAAGGAGACAAACGAACAGAAACUAUUUAAAAUCGCCAGCGAGCUCUUGCACACAGAGAAGGCUUACGUGGCGCGACUGAACCUGCUGGACCAGGAGUUUUGUGCUAAGCUAAUGGAGGAGGCCAAUAAGGGAACAUUCCCUGUGGACGUAGUAAAGAACAUCUUCUCCAAUAUCUCCUCCAUCCACGCCUUUCACAGCCAGUUUCUGCUUCCCGACCUGGAGAAACGGAUGGGAGAAUGGGAUUCUAAACCUCGCAUUGGGGACAUCCUGCAGAAACUCACACCCUUCCUCAAAAUGUAUGCAGAAUAUGUGAAGAAUUUCGACAAAGCCAUGGAGUUGCUGAAGCAGUGGACAGACCGUUCACCUCAGUUUAAGGCUAUAAUUCAGGAGAUACAGAGUCAAGAGAUCUGUGGGUGUCUAACGCUUCAGCAUCACAUGUUGGAGCCAGUGCAGCGCGUCCCUCGAUAUGAGAUGUUGCUUAAAGACUACCUGAAGAAGCUGCCUCAGGACGACCCCGAUCGAAGAGAUGCAGAAAGAUCAUUAGAGAUUAUUGGAACAGCAGCUACACACUCCAACAGUGCCAUAAGAAAGUCUGAAAAUCUAAAGAAACUGCUGGAAAUUUACGAGAUGCUGGGUGAAGAGGAGGACAUUGUUAAUCCUUCCAACGAGUUCAUCAAAGAGGGCCACAUCUUGAAGCUGGCGGCCAGGAACACGUCAGCAAUGGAGCGAUACCUCUUCCUGUUCAACAAUAUGCUGUUAUACUGCGUCCCGAAAUUCAGCCUGGGAGGUCCUAAAUAUACGGUGAGGACUCGAAUCGGCAUCGAUGGGAUGAAGGUCCUGGAAACAAUCAAUGAGGACUACCCUCAUACCUUCCAAGUGUCUGGGAAGGAGAGGACACUUGAACUCCAGGCCAGCUCAGAGCAAGACAAGGCUGACUGGAUCAAAGCUUUCCAGGCGACCAUCGAGAUCUUCCAGCAGAAAAACGAGUCAUUCAAGAAUGCACUAAAAGACGUGGACGAAGUGUCGAAAGCUGAGCUGGGAAAGCGCGCCCCGCGCUGGAUCCGUGACAACGAAGUGACAAUGUGUAUGAAGUGUAAGGAGUCUUUCAAUGCUAUUACACGUCGGAGACACCACUGCAGAGCCUGCGGCUAUGUGGUGUGCUGGAAAUGCUCAGACUAUAAAGCGCCGCUUGAAUACGAUGGCAACAAAAUGAACAAAGUGUGCAAGGACUGCCACUGCAUCCUGACUGGAGAGGCGAUAGCGGAGGGCAAGAAAAAGGGCAUUCUUGAGAUUGAAGCCGGUCAGUUUGCAGACAGCAGCAUCAUGUGUGGCUUCCUGCAGCACUCUGAGAAGAGCAAAAUUUGGCAGAAGUGUUGGUGCGUCAUCCCUGAGAAGGAGAGUCUGGUGCUUUACCUCUAUGGAGCUCCACAGGAUGUAAAAGCACAGUGCACCAUACCCCUGGUGGGUUAUUCUGUGGACGACACCGCCCGGCCCACAGACCCACCGGCAAGCUUCCGCAUCUCCCAGUCCAAGUCCACCCACAACUUUGCUGCUGAGACCGAGGAACUUAAGCAGCGCUGGUUGAAAGUAAUUCGAGUGGCGGUGACGGGAGGGAUACCGGAACGUCCCGAGACCAACGGCAGCGGCGUGUCGGAUAACAACAACACGGAGGAAGCCAGCACUGAUAACACAUAAGGGCUUGUUUUCUACAAACAAACUGCGUUUGCACUUCUAAACAUGCAAACUGCAGUUGGAUUGUUCAAAUAAAAAGAUGGGAUGUGCAGAUUUAUUCUGCAUGCACAAAUACGAACACUUGCUAUCCGUUCUGUCGUCGAAUCUUUAUCUUAAAGACAGCAUGGGAAACAAAGUGCUGGAUAAGCUGCCUCUCCUCGUGUCUCUCGUGUGUCUUUGUUAACGCCUGGAUUUUCUCCUGCAAGAUUCACUGCUAGAGCUGUGCUGGAUUACUAACGGACACUUCUGAUACAAUCAACACUAGAACAGAGGGGCCUCAGGAUAGAUCACCUUCCCUCAAACAGGCACUAUUAAUGACAGCGCAAAAUCACUCUCCAUGGACUCGAGCCAGUGGACUACCGCAGACUUAACAAAGUACCCUGUGAGGAUGUGAAUCACAGCAGGAAAGGUGGUCCAACUAAGUCUGCUGGUGCUGUAUUUCUCUGUACAUGUACAGUAUAAAUGUUUGGUUUUUUUUCCCUAAAUGAACAGUUUUGUUUUUAUGUACAGACAUUAGUCAGACUUUGUUUCUAUUAAAUAGAAAAACCUCUAAAUGUGCUAUAAAGAAUUUACAGUAUUUCCCCUUUUCUUUGGUUGAGAUUGUUCCAAAUCUGUAACAGUGAUCAUGUGGUUGGAUAAUGAUGGUCCCAUCUCUCCUCUUAAAAGCAAAAAAAAGUUUUAACCUUUUAAUCUGAAACAAACUUACAGAUGAAGCAACAUUAACAUGUAAAGAUGGAUUCUGUUAGAAGUAGAGCCCGAUGGAUGCGAUUUUUAAUCCUAUGCCAAUUUUUUAAUGGAGUGUAUAAUUCCAGUGUUGAUGUAUAAGAUAAUAUUUUUAUAUAUGUCCAGUUAGAGCAGUGUUUUUUCACAAAAUAGUUACAACCUACUGUGAAGACUCCGUUUGACAUGCUCGAUGCAUUUCUAAACCUCCCCCAAGCAACGUUAUCUGCAAAUGUAAAUUUAGUUCUCAUCCUGCGGUUACGUAGCUGUGAUGGGCGAAAACACCAGUCAGUCCCAGAGUUGGCUGAAUCUAAAAUGGCAGCUUUGUACACGACAGAGAUGUCAGCUUGUUCACAGGAAGAGAGGAGCAGGGAUCAUCAUUAUCCACGUGUCAGGGUUUCUGUUUGGAUGCAUAUGCAGCACAAUCGGUAUAGCAAGCUGGUGCAACAACUGUAAAUGUGUUUUUAAUGCUGUAAUUAAUUUUAUUAUUUAAAGUAAUUUAUAGACUACGCGAGCAUGAUCUGUUAAACCUAGGACAAAUUUGUUUCCGUGUGUCAGCUGAGAAGAGCAUUCGGUACAUCCUUUUUUAUUUUAAGAUUAUUUUUUUCUUUUUCCACCACCAACCCAUGAAAUGUGUCACAGAGAUCACAGUCCACGAUGGACUGUGGUGAGGAAAUGUGCCUAUAUUUUCCAUGGCGUUUUCAUCCCCCCCCCCCCCGUGCUCAAUGCUGGUGCUCACCUCUCUGAACUAUUUCCACCCGCCCCCAGUCGCCUGUAUUCAAAUAAAAACUAAGAGCACAAAACUUCUGUCUGCUAGAUCUGAAUGUAAAAGCUAGAUUUUUAUGCGUCCUCUCGUCCCUUUAACAAAGGUUUAAGAAUCUACGCACUUUACAGUCUUAUAAAGUGUUCCUUCAAAGAAAAUAAA